CUGACAUGACCAUGAUAGAAGACAAAGGUCCACGAGUGGCUGACUAUUUCGUGGUGGCAGGGCUCACAGACACAGAUACGGCAACGCUCCUGGACCAAGAAAUAAGCCGACAUGAAACAAAGUCAACUGGUCCAAAGGCUCCGAUCACUGACAUUGCUGUGAUAAUUAAAUCAGCUGGUGAAACUGUCCCAGAGGGAUACACCUGUGUUGAAGCCACCCCUACAGCCCUUCAAGCCAACUUAAACUAUGGAAGUCUAAAGAGUCCUGAACUUUUUCUUUGCUACAAGAGAGGCCGGGACAAACCACCUCUUACUGACAUCGGAGUUCUGUAUGAAGGGAAGGAACGCAUCAUUGCAGGCUGUGAGGUGAUCCAAGCUACUCCUUAUGGUCGUUGUGCUAAUGUUAACAACAGUUCAGCAUCUUCUCAACGGAUCUUCAUCACAUAUCGAAGGGCUCCUGCAGUACGACCUCAGAAUUCACUGGCAGUGACAGAUAUCUGUGUUAUUGUUACCAGCAAAGGAGAAACCCCUCCUCAUACGUUCUGUAAAGUGGAUAAGAAUUUAAAUUGCGGUAUGUGGGGUUCCAGUGUAUACCUUUGUUACAAGAAGUCUGUGCCAGCUUCUAACUCUUUAGCAUAUAAAGCUGGAUUAAUUUUCAGAUAUCCUCAAGAGGACUAUGCAUCAUUCCCACUGUCGCAAUCUGUACCUCUCUUCUGCCUUCCUAUGGGAGCUACUAUUGAGUGCUGGGACCCUCAAACCAAAUAUCCACUACCCGUGUUCUCAACAUUUGUACUGACCUGCUCUUCUGCAGAAAAGGUUUAUGGUGCUGCUAUUCAGUUUUACGAGCCUUAUCCCCGGGAGCUGCUAACAGAAAAACAACAAUCGCAGUUGGGUCUUCUGACAACUGUAGAGAGGAAAGUGAUUACUUCCAAGUCCAUCAAUUCGAACAAAUGCAUCUGCCUUCUCUCACGCUGGCCUUUCUUUGAAGCAUUUAGAAAAUUUCUUAUGUUCAUCUACAAACUCUCUGUCUCUGGACCUCAUCCUCUGCCCAUCGAAAAGCAUAUAUCCCAUUUUAUGCACAAUAUACCAUUCCCUUCACCACAAAGGCCAAGAAUUCUUGUGCAGCUUUCUGCCCACGAUGCAUUAAUAUUGUCACAGCCAGUUUCUACACCAUUGCCAUUAAGUGGAGCAAACUUUAGCACUCUGCUCAUGAAUCUUGGACCAGAAAACUGUGCCACUCUGUUGCUGUUCGUAUUACUAGAAGGCAAGAUCCUCCUCCAUUCUCUUAGACCAGCUGUGUUGACAGGAGUUGCUGAAGCUGUAGUAGCUAUGAUAUUUCCAUUUCAGUGGCAAUGUCCAUAUAUCCCCCUCUGUCCUUUGUCUCUGGCCACCGUACUCAGUGCACCUCUUCCAUUUAUUGUUGGAGUUGAUUCACGAUACUUCGACCUGUAUGAUCCACCACAGGAUAUUGUGUGCAUUGACUUAGACACAAACAUGGUGUACAUAUCAGAUGAUAAGAAGAACACCAACUGGAAGCAGUUUCCUAAGAAGCCAUGUAAAAGCCUGCUCAGCACCUUAAAGAAACUGCAUCCACAGCUGGCAGCAGUUCACAGGAGAACUCAAGAGGGCUCUGCAGUGGAGAUGACUCCUAUAGAGGCAGAUUUCUCCUGGCAGAAGAAGAUGAUAGAACUCGAGAUGGAGAUCCAGGAAGCUUUUCUCCGUUUCAUGGCAUCCAUUUUAAAGGGUUACAGAACAUUCCUCAAGCCAAUCACACAGGCGCCUUCAAAUAAAGCCACUGCUGCUGAUUCCUUGUUUGAUCACCAAGGGUUUUUGAAAAGCAGAGACCGUGCCUAUACCAAGUUCUACACACAUCUCACCAAAACACAGAUAUUCAGCCGUUUUAUUGAAGAGUGCAGUUUCGUGAGUGACAAGGACACUGGUUUGGCAUUUUUUGAUGACUGCAUAGAAAAGCUCUUUCCAGAUAAAGGAACAGAAAAAGGAGAGAAGGUUGAUGUAGAUUCUGUUGAAGAUGCACGGUUGAUUGAGCUUGAUGAGUCCCAAAAAAGUGAACAUACAGUGUUCAUAAUGCCACCAGAGCCUCCAACUGAUGAUGGACAGGACCGAGUGCCAAAAUACAGCUAUAAAAACUUCCCACGGCUAGAUCUCAAGCUGUUUGACAGGCCACAGGAACUCAAGCUCUCCUUCAGCAGACACCCAGCUGGAGGCUGCAUUUCAAAUAGUCCAGCACUCAUGGCAAAGAGGACAAAACAGGAAAUAAAAACAGCCCAUAAAUUAGCCAAGAAGUAUUAUGUAAGCCCCCCACAGUGGGCCAAGUGUCUCUUGAGUCAUAGUUACAGCCUGUGGUUUAUUUGUCUGCCAGCCUAUGUCAGAGUUGCACAUCCCAAGGUCAAAGCACUGCAGCAGGCAUAUGAUGUUCUAAUUAAAAUGAGGAAAGCCGAUGUGGAACCACUAGAUGAGGUCUGCUACAGAGUAGUGAUGCAGCUCUGUGGACUGUGGGGUCAGCCUGUUCAGGCUGUGAGAGUCCUUUUUGAAAUGAAAAAUGCUGGAAUACAGCCCAACGCCAUCACCUACGGUUAUUACAAUAAGGCAGUUUUAGAGUCCUCUUGGCCUAGCAGUAACCGUAGUGGCAUAUUCCUGUGGACAAAGGUACGAAAUGUAGUUCAUGGCACAGCACAGUUUAGGCAGUGCUUAAAGAAAGCAACGCAGAACCCACGAGUGCCUGUGAUGCCAGCUCUGCGGAGUCCCACGGGUGGAAGUGAUGGGGACAUGGUGAGCCAUGGUAGCGUGGAUAGUUCUAAUGAUGCUAACAGUGGGGAGCACACCCUCUUCGUCAGUGACUUAGUCAGGCUUGAUUCCAUUGAUAAUCACUCUAGCACAGGUGGUCAGUCAGACCAGGUUAAGGAUGAACUUUUAAGCGAUGAUGGGGAUAGUAUUCCUGCAACUGAAACACAAGUAGAGAAAUCUGUUUCUUCUAAAGAUGAAGACUUACUAGGAGAGGUUUCUACGGAGCAAUCUUAUGAAGAGCAACAGCUGAAUACAGAAACUCUUAAUCCAACUGACCCACCUGCUUGUGGUAACAGUAUUGUGAAAGUUCCAUCUGGCAUUUUUGAUAGCAGUGGAAGGAAAAACAGUUGUGAAACUGUUGCUAGCCCACUGUUCAUAGCUCAGGAUUCAGUCGAAGAUGUAGUCUUUGAUGAUGUUUCUCUUAAGAGAAGAAGUGAGAAAAGACAGAAGAGACAGAAACUGUUUUCACAGAGAAGCUGCAGUUUCAGCAGUGAAAGCAGAGCUGGAAUGCUGCUGAAAAAAGGCAGCUUGGACUUGCAUUCUAAAGAAAUAGCAAUAAUGAUGGGAGCAGAUGCCAAGAUCCUAACAGCAGCUUUAUCUUCACCCUGUCAUAUGAAUACAUCCCACAGCUUUGAAAAUACUGUUGACCAGCAGCUUUCUGAUAUGACUGGCACUUGGAGUUGUGUGACUGAGAGUGAUUGGGAAUUAGAACACAGGUCUUUACCAGUGCUGGAAGAACCUGGGGAAGGGCAGGAGCAUCUAGAGAAUGGAAGAGAUGAAAACAUAACCACAGUGAAAGAUGUGAACCUAGAACAGACAGCUGAGUCCAAAAACCAAGAACCAGAAUCCAAAGAUGCAACUGCUAAAAGGAAUAGCUUUUAUGGAGUGGUUAAGCCUGUCGAAAGGGAAGAUGUUGAAGUAGGCUUGGACCCUUUAUCUUUACUGGCUACUGACAGCAUGCAACCUAAUUAUCCAGAACCUGAGGAGAAGUUGGUGUCACCAGUUGUAGCGCGUAAUUUGGCAGAUGAAAUAGAGAGCUACAUGAAUUUGAAGAACCCACUGGGUAGUAAGUUUCCCAGCAUGGAACUGCACAAGCCAGAUAAGGAGGCAGAAGUUUCUGGUACACUUGGUCACUCCCAAGAAAGGAGGUCAAGCCUGCCUUUGGAUACUGUCCUGCCAUCCCCCAAGUCCUAUGAAAAUCGGAGAAGUCCUGUGUCCAGAUCCAAAACAUUCACUGGACGAUCAAAGCAACAAACACCCCCCCAAGUUCAAAAGGAGAGGUCUUCAUCUUUGACAGGACUGGGUCGUUCUUCUCCACAUGGCUCAUUAGGAACCGUCGUAAUGACUUUUUCCAACCUGAAGUUAGACAAUAUACUGUCUGGGCCAAAAAUUGAUGUUUUGAAAUCAGGCAUGAAGCAGGCUGCCAACGUGGCCAGCAAGAUGUGGGGAGUGGUAACUUCAGCAUAUAGUUACUCAGAUGAUGAGGAAGAAAGCAAUCGACCAGACUUUACCUUUCCUGCGGGUUUUGAAGAUAAUAUUUUAGGAGAUAAUCUGUCAUCAAGAACUGGAGUCCCAGGGCUGAUUACAAAUGAGCUUGCACAAAGCACUACUAGUCUUGGCAGUAGCAGCAGCAGUGGAGAUGCAGGAAGACAGCAUUAUUGUGCAGGUGAAGCUUCAUUCUCCAAAAGUAUGAAAGUUCCAGAUUCUGAGAAGUCAGAGCACAGCUCUUCACAUAAUACUAGUUUAUCCAGCAUUUUCCAGAACUAUGCAAUGGAGGUAUUGAUGUCAAGCUGCUCUCAGUGCAGAGCUUGUGGUGCUUUGGUUUAUGAUGAAGAAAUUAUGGCUGGAUGGACUGCAGAUGAUUCAAACUUAAACACUACCUGUCCUUUCUGUAAAAGUACCUUCCUGCCUUUGCUUAAUGUUGAAUUUAAAGAUCUACGUGGCUCUACAAGCUUUUUCCUGAAGCAAAGUACCUCAGGAGACAGUUUACAGAGCAGUACCCUUCCAUUAACCACGGAUCCCCUGGAGCAGAAACUGUUGUCCAGCCCAGCUGUUGCUGACUUGAUCAGUUUUUCAGAUCACCCACAGUCCAGCCACACUAUAGCUGAAGAAACUACCUCUACAGCUGAGCAGAGUGAUGUGGCAGAAGAACAGACUGAGGAUCCCAGAGGCAUGAACACGACUGCCAGUAAUCCACCAAAAAGGGGAGUGUCCUUAACUCGGAGCCACAGUGUUGGAGGUCCACUGCAGAACAUUGAUCUCUCCCAGAGACCAUCUCAUGGCAUUUCCACAGUCAGUCUUCCAAAUAGUUUGCAAGAAGCUGUGGAUCCUUUAAUACAAAGACCCAACCCUCUCCCUGUAUCUGUACCCUACUUGAGCCCUUUGGUACUGCAUAAGGAGCUUGAAUCACUGUUGGAGAAUGAGGGAGAGCAAGUAAUUCAUACAUCCAAAUUCAUCAAUCAACACCCCAUAAUUUUUUGGAACCUAGUUUGGUAUUUCCGACGGUUGGAUCUACCUAGCAACUUACCUGGACUCAUUCUAACAUCUGAACACUGUAACAAUGGAGUGCAGCUUCCUUUGACAUCUCUGGCUCAAGAUAGCAAGCUAGUAUGCAUCCAUCUGCUGUGGGACAAUAUCAACCUCCACCAAGAGCCAGGGGAGCCCCUGUAUAUAUCUUGGAGAAAUCUCAAUUCUUCUGAGAAGAGACCCUCCACACUGGCAGAAGAUCAGCAGGCAACAAACACUUUGUUAGAGAACAUCAAACUAAGUAUUCAACACAACGAUGUUGUUAAACCAAUCAAUCUCCUGCUACAGAAUGUUAAGCCAGAUGUCAAACGACAGAGGAGUUUUUACAGGGAAAUUCUGUUCCUGUCUCUGGUGUCUCUUGGAAAAGAAAACAUUGACAUUGAGGUCUUUGAUAGUGAAUACAGACUUGCACAUGAAAAACUACCAAAGGAAGUUCUUGACAAGAUGCAGAAAAUAGAUGCUCCACCAAGCAGCCGAGUUGAGUGUUGUCGGAAGUGUUUUGGAGCACCUUUUAUAUAA